UCGGCUGAGUAGUUACGGAACAGCACCGCAAUUUGCGCGCCCUUCCCUCUCCCCUUACAUUUUAUCGCAUUUUAUACCCGUAUCUCGUCUCCAGGGGAGGGUUCUACGCGCUUUUCCUGCCUCUAAACGUAAUGACGCGAGUCUACUCCUAAACUGAACUCUGUUUUCCGCCCUCGAUCCGACAGCUCUGCACGAGAAAGAGCAACAUCCCCUCCCCCCAAAACACCAUGGCUUCAUUGCAGAUCAGCGCUGUCUCGAGCAGAGGCACAUUUUCGCACUUGGCAAUCAAACAGCGGUCACCAAUAUGCGCAUGCCAGUACAAAUAUCUUGCGUCACAACGCUGGCGUCCGGCGCAGCGCUCGUUCGGCCAACGUGAUUUCUCCCAGAAAUCACAGAGCCGACCGAAGACAUCGUCCGGGCCGCAGAACGACAAUUUCCAUUGGUAUCCGAUACCCGUGGGCUUGGGUGUCGCCUUUCUGGGCUUGGUGCAAUUCUAUAAGGUUUCUACCCGAGAGCAGGAGAAGGAGGUGGCAGAGAAUGGGAAGAUAGAACCGCAACCCAAGAAGAGGCCGCGCAUUCGGCCGGAUGGUCCUUGGCAGGUCCAGGUCAUGUCCACGCUGCCACUGAAGGCUAUUUCCCGAAUAUGGGGCAAAUUUAACGAAUUGGUUAUUCCCUACUAUCUCAGAGUUCCUGGGUUCCGGUUGUAUUCGUUUAUCUUUGGGGUCAACUUGGACGAGAUCGAAGAAACCGACCUUCAUAAAUUCCCGAACUUGGCAGCCUUUUUCUACCGAACGCUUAAGCCGGGUGUGCGUCCACUGGACCCCAACCCAAAUGCGCUAAUAUCUCCCGCCGAUGGGCGUGUCUUACAGUUCGGUCAAAUAGAAGGAGGCGACAUCGAGCAAGUCAAGGGCAUGACGUACACCGUCGAGGCGCUGCUUGGCCAACGUAGCCCGACGCCCAGCAUCUCGAGCCAGAGCCGUCCAGAAAAGGGAAAUCCUGUGACUGUGGAGCGAGAGCUUGGGGGGGAUGAGGAGUUGGUGAGGAAGGACGAAGAGUUUGCGCGCGUUAAUGGCAUCUCAUACACCCUUCCGGACUUGCUCUCUGGCACUAAAAAAUCCAGCAAGCUCGACACGCCGAAGGAUGAGUCGAUGACCCCGUCUGCCGCCGCCGUGUCCGAAGUCUCCGCGGAACUCGCGCUUGGCGAAAAGCCGUGGUACACCCUCAUGUCUGACGACAACCGCACAUCGCUGUACUACGCCGUCAUCUAUCUAGCCCCUGGCGACUACCACCGUUUCCACUCGCCCACGAACUGGGUUGUGGAGCGCCGCCGUCACUUUGCCGGAGAGCUUUACAGCGUCUCGCCCUAUCUGCAGCGUACGCUACCCGGCCUCUUCACUUUGAAUGAGCGCAUUGUGCUGCUUGGGCGCUGGCGGUGGGGCUUCUUUAGUUACGUGCCCGUUGGCGCUACCAACGUUGGCUCUAUAAAAAUCAACUUCGAUCGAGAGCUGCGGACAAACAGCCUGACAACGGAUACGGCAGCCGACCGUGCGGCCGAAGAUGCAGCCCAACGAGGGGAACCCUAUUUAGGAUAUGCGGAGGCAACGUAUGAGUCCUCUAGUGCCGUAUUGGGUGGUCAUGCACUCCAGCGAGGUGAGGAGAUGGGUGGCUUCCAGUUGGGUAGCACCAUUGUGCUGGUCUUUGAGGCACCCGCUGCCGAGUAUGACGAGUUGGGCCAGAUCCGAAAGGGUUGGUCAUGGAACGUCGUCAAGGGCCAGAAGCUCAAGGUUGGGCAAAUGGUUGGCCGUGUCGAGUCCUAAACAUCACUUGCCAGGUGUUGUUGUUCUCCGAUACCACUUGUUGAUUUUACUGUCAUAUAUGUAUACUUAAGUUGACUCCUAGGUGUUUGAUAUAGAUGUAAGCACUCC